AUGGAGCAGGUGAAGCUGCGCGCGUUCCAGCGCGAGGUGCUGGAGCUGGCGCGCGAGAAGAACGUGGUGAUGGUGGGCGACACGGGUAUCGGCAAGACGUUCCUGGCCAUCGCACUGCUGUCCGAGCAGGACUAUUCGGGCGACAAACGCGCCUUCUUCAUGGCCCCCACCCGCCAACUGGUGAUACAGAUCACGGCCAAGAUCCGCCAGACCAGCACACUGCGCGUCAAUUCGUACUGUGGCCGGACCGCUGACUUGUGGGAUGCCACGCAAUGGGAGCGCGAGCUGCAGCUCACUCGUGUGUUCGUGUGCACACCGGAGAUCGUGCGUAACGUGUUGCUCAAAGGUUACGUGUCACUUAAUCGCAUGAAUCUGCUAGUGUUCGACGAGUGCCACCACGUGACCAAGCGCCACCCGUACGCGCAGGUCAUCAAGAUGUUCAACCAGGAGAAUUCAGCCACGUUGCCCCGCAUCUUCGGCACCACGGCCUGUCCCACGCGUCAUUGCGCCGAGAAGCUCCACGCCGAGAUGAAGAAAGUGACGCUGGAUAAGGGUCAGAUCGCUGAGUUCGCAGCUGCUGCGCCGAUGAUCUACGAGACGUAUCCGGUGCAGAAGCCGUGGGCUGUCAAAGGGGAGGAGGUAGAAGCUGACCCAACAAACGGAGCGUGGAUCUAUGAGAACAUCGAGAAGGAGCUGGCAGAGGCCAAGGCCGUGGAAGUAUUUAAGAAACUCAUGAAGAAGGGGAAAAGUGACGCAGCAACGGACCCAGACAAGUUGGAGAAGGCCGUCAAGAAGUUCAUGCAGAACUGUAUCACUGUGUACAAGAAUCUGGGCCCGUGGUGCUACUACCGCUUCGUGGAACUGGAGAUCCAUCGUCGGGCAAUUGCAGCGUCACUGUUGAUCACAGUGCCGGGCAGUAUGUUUGGGCUGGACAGAGAUGCAGUCAUUGCUAUGCUGCUGCUGGCUGGUAAGCGUAAAGAGUGCGCGUUUGCGUGUACUGCGAAAGUGAAGAAAGUGGAAGAGAUUUUACGCGCGCAGUUGUUUGAUGAGGACGGCAAAGUCGAAGAAGUUGCUGGAGCUGAGCUGGAUAACUCUGACGUGUCAGACAGCGACGAUGAACCUACUAACGACCCAGUGUCAAGUGAAUCUGUUGCUACAGUAGGUGAGGGGGAACAACCCGCAACCAACAAAGCGCGUCUGGGUCUGCAAGGAAUUGUCUUUGUGGACACACGAACGGAAUGUCGUGUGCUAUCGGACUUUUUUAACGAAAAGUUCGCAACUCAAGAUGCUGAGGAAUCUGAUGGGGAGGAGUUGUCGGCGGAAACUAGCGAUCAGACUCCGGAAGAGGAACAGGCGGACGAACCGUUUGCUAGCAUCUUGGGGAGAGCAUCACGUAGUGAUAUGGCAUCCUUUCAACUGCCCAAGAUGGAGACGACGCUGACGAAGUUUGAGGCAGGAUCGAUUCGCGUCUUGGUUUCCACCGCUGUAUCUGUGGAGGGCGUUGACUUCCCUCAGUGCGGUCUGAUUAUUGUGAUGGACCGCGUUGGAACUGCGCGCAAGCUGGUGCAGUUAAAGGGACGUGCGCGUCACGAGGAUGGCGUAGUGUACUACUUGGCUGAAGAAGGAGAUCUGGGCCACGAGGUGUUCUACAAACAGCUGACGCGUGAAGCGGAAGUCAUUGACCAGCUCGAGUUCUCGCGAGAGAAAGUUGAGACUAUCCAGCAGCAGCCACGCUCUGUUGCUGCAGAGAUGAUGGGGGCUGGCGACCACACGAUUGAGAUUGCAUCGACGGGUGCUGUGCUGGAUUUGGACAGCAGUAUCGCCUGCAUUAACCAGUUCUGCCAGUCCCUACCGACCCGGUUGUUCACGGUGGAUGUGAAGCGAUUGUACACUAUCACUGAGGCUCGCUACGGUGGAAAGAGCCUGUUCACUGCAGAGCUGAACCUGCCCAUGGAGCUGGAGUUGGAAACGUUCCGCAGCGACCCCAUGCCUUCAAAGGCGAGUGCCAGAGCGUCUGCAGCUUUCAGUGCUUGCCAAAAACUGUUGGACCAGCAAUUGAUCGAUGACUCGCUUAACUCGAUCUACCGGACGAGCAAGGUGAAGUCAUCAUCGAAUGUGCGCGAUCUGACCUACUUCCUCGAUCGCCUUCACACGUAA